UUUUUAUCAGGUAUCUCAGUGAACAGAAGCUUCCAAAAAGAAUGCUAAGUAUGCAAAAUGGCAUUGAGUCUGAUGAUUGUGACAGUGCAAGUCAAGAAGAUGAAGGUAGUGCUGAUUCAGGUGAAGAUCGCAUAGAAGAUGAAGGGAUACAUAGAAAGCUAGAGGGCCUUGAAGCUUGCUCGUUUGAGAUAGGGGAUUUGCAAGUGAUAAGUCUUGGAAAGAUUGUUAAGGACUCGGAGUAUUUUCAGGAUGAGAGAUUUAUCUGGCCUGAAGGAUAUACUGCUGUGAGGAAGUUUCCUUCUGUAACAGAUCCAAGUGUUUGUGCCUUGUAUAAGAUGGAAGUCCUGAGAGAUGUCGACUCAAGGACCAGGCCUGUAUUUAGAGUUACAUUGGAUAAUGGAGAGCAG